AUGCUGCAAGUAAAAAAGAAGCUUUGUGAACUAAAAGAAUCCUUAUGCUUAGUAGCCUUAUCUCAAUUUGUUUAUUUGGAUAAUUAUAUGAUUGAACGUCGAUUAAUUCCGUAUGAUAUACAAUUUGUGACACCAGCACAUUUAAAAAGAGAUAUACGCGAUCCAGAAAUGCAAGAACUAUUUGAAAAAAUGAUGAAUGGUUUACCAGUAUAUGUGCGUGAUCCUGACGAAAAAUUUGAUGACGAACCAGACGACGAAGAUAAACAAGGUGAAGAAGAUGAGAAAAGUGAAGAAAAUAAAGAGUCUGUAACUUCUGAAAUAGUACAGGCUGAACCUGAUAACUUUUUAAUAUAUGAAGAUGACGAGGAAGUAAAAAGCGAAGAAUCCAAACACUAUUUACCAUAUGAAAAUCCAAAUUUAACACCAGAACGUGCGGCACUUUUAAAGAAGCAAUGGUUUUUCCAGGAAGCUGUAAAAUUAAUACAAACAUGUGAACGGGUUAGACAAGCUAGAAUUUUAGCAAAUAACAAAGCUUAUAUAAGGAAGUGUCGAAUAUUAGGGUAUAGGCCAAAACCGUUACCACCACGAGACCAAUUGGAGCAAUACGUGAUUACAAUACAACGAUAUUGGCGUGGUUAUUCUACACGGAAAUUUUUAGCAGAAGAGGAAAUUGAAAGGAAAAUUAAGAUUGGAAUGUUAAAAAGUAGUUGGAAAUCAACUGAAGUAUUUGAUAAAAUUCAAGAAGAUAAGGAUGCAAAGACCGAAAAACGAAAAAAACGACUCAAAGAACUAGAAGAAUUUGCUGAAAGAGAAGAAACUAGGGUACUCAUUACAAGGGAAGCCACAAUGAUGGAAGACAUAAGCGACGAAAUUAUUCAGUGGAUGACUGAUUGGUAUAGACGCACAAAUUGGUUUGAUGCCUUUCCAACUGUAGCCGAGGGUGGAACUGUUUUAAUUGUUAAAGGUUUUACAAAAACAAUAGAGGAAGAAUUAGAAGCGCAAGCUGAAAAACGUGCAUUAGAAGAAAAAUAUGCACUCGAUCCAAAAUUAAGAAUUAAAGAUCAACAAGAUGCAAAAAGAAAGCGAAAAGAAGCAGCAAGACAAGCAAAAGAACUACGAAAAAAAUUGCGUGAAUUAGAAAAAGCUAGAAAAACAGAUACGUUCCCAUUAUAUAAUUGGGAAAUGACAGAUGGAAUGAAAGGUAUACAUGAGAAAAUUACAGAAUUUGAUGGUAUUUGGGGAAACAUUCAUUUUGAAGAUAAUCCAUGGCAAAAUAACUAUAAUCAAUUUGUUACUGAAGAAAAAUAUGCUAAUCUAAAUGUUAAUUUACGUAAAAUCAUAGAUGAAAUCAUGAGAAUUGAGUAUAUGCUAUUAAUCGAAGCAGUAAAUCAAGAUCGUAUCAAUGCCUUCCUCAAACCAUUACCAGUGCCAAAAUCAAAAAAAGGAAAAAAAGGAGGCAAAGGAACAAAAAAGGGAAAAACUCCUCCACCGGUGAUUUGGCCACCGCCUGAUGGAGACCAAGGGGAGGCUGAAGGAGAUGCUACUUCAGAAAAACCUGUUAAGAAAAAACGACCAGUGGAAGAUAUGUUUCAAGAAUUAAUUAAUAAUGGCAUCGUAUAUCGAUACCCAAAAGUUUCAUUUGACGAUAUCUAUUCGGAUUGGAAUUAUUGCGCAUCCGAUAGACAACAAAGAUUUGAAUUGCCCUUGCCAAGUUUACGUGAUUCCAUUGCGGCUGUUAAAACAAGUUGUGUUUUACCUUUAGGUAGUCGAGAUGUUAAUCGCCACAAGGCCGUAAUGUUGAUUGGACCUCGAAAAAGUGGUAAAAAAAUGAUAGUUCAUGCAAUAUGUAAUGAAACAGGUUCGGUUUUAUUUGAUUUAACUCCUACAAAUAUUAACCAACAUUAUAGUGGGAAAAAAAUGAAAAAAUUAAUUCGCUUAGUUGUGAAAGUAUCGAAGGCAGUACAACCCACAGUAUUCUUUUUCGAUGGUGCUGAAAAACCAUUUUAUAAAUCUGUACCAAAAGAAGAAAAACCAGAUAGUCCCAAAGCAAUAUCAAAAUAUUUACCACAAUUACAAAAGGUAAUUGGUGCGAAAGAUUUGAUAAUGUUUAUAUCAACAAGUAAUAAACCAUGGACGGCACAAGUAAAAAAAAUUUUAAAAUUUUACACAAAAGUAAUUUUGGUACCACGAUUAGAUUAUGGUAGCUGUUUGGAAUUUUGGAAGGAUACUUUGUUAAAAGUUCAUGGAAUUUCACGGGAAUUUGAUUUUUCAUCACUUGCAAAGCGCACAAAAUAUUUUGAAUUACCAUACCUAAAAGAGUGUGUAGAAUCAUUGUUAACACCGACACGAUUAUGUGAAUUAUAUUUUAAGCCAAUUACACCAGAAGAUUUUUAUUUUAAAAUUAUAUCAAGCGGUGGUGAGCGCGUAUCAGAUACUGAAUUUGAACCAUAUACAGUAUUUUUACAGAAAACACCAUAUGGACAAAAAGAUUUGAAGCGACAAGAAGUCAUACAAGUUGAAUUAGAACGGAAAAGGAAAGCAGCUGCUGCAGCAGCUAAAAAAGCCGCUAUGGCUGCCAAGCCAGAAGCGGAUUUAGAAAAAAGUUUUCCGGGUGUGGCGAACGUUUUAAAUUUGAAUUAA